ACGGUGGCCGUGUGGUGACGGCGGUGUCGCGGCGCUGUGGCGGCGCUGGGGGAAGGAAGGAAGGAAGUAGGGAGGGUCCCCGGGGAGCGCUCGGGCCCGCGGCCGUGCCAGCAUGGUGGAUGUGUUCAGCGGGCGGCUCCUGGUCAGCAAGGACGGCCGCAGCGUGGACCCCGAGGAGGCCCUGCAGAACAAAGUCGUGGGCUUGUACUUCUCCGCCGGCUGGUGCUCGCCGUGCCGCGACUUCACCCCCGUCCUCUGCGACUUCUACACGGAGCUACUGGAGGAGAGCGAGCCGCCCGCCCCCUUCGAGGUCGUCUUCAUCUCCUCCGACCACAGCGCCGAGGAGAUGCUGGGCUACAUGCGCGCCAUGCACGGGGACUGGCUGGCGCUGCCCUUCCACGACCCCUACAAGCAUGAUCUGAAGAAGAAAUACAACAUAACAGCAAUUCCUAAGCUGGUGAUUGUGAAACAAACUGGCGAAGUCAUUACUGACAAGGGAAGAAAGCAGAUCAGAGACAAAGGGCUGUCCUGUUUCCGGAACUGGCUUGAGGGUGCAGAUAUCUUUCAGAAUUUUUCUAGCUAAAAUGUUGUCAAAUAAAAGCAAUAAAAGGCAUAGUGGAAAAGUUGGUAGAGCUCUGAAAAGACUCUUGCUUUGUUCGGAAUGAGAAGGGUAAGACUUAUUUACCUUUGCUUAUAAACAAAUUUUGGAUUUGACUUGAAAACCAAUUAUUCCAGUGUCAUAAAAUGCAAUUAUUGUUGUAUUGUUCUAUCUGUGAUAUUUAAUAUGAAACACAAUGUUCCAAAUAAUACUAAAGAACUUCAGAAGAAUCAGCUGUUUAGACAGUAAUAAUAGAAACGUUUGAAAUCUAUGCAAACACUUACUUUGCUAAGUCAACACAGUAAAAAUAAAUGCAAAAAAACUAUUUAUUGAUGACUUUUUUUAGGUGAUUAGCACAUUUUAUUAAGAAAAUGAAACUGUUUGCUUUAAUAAAUAACUGUUUAUGA